AUGUCGGCACACCAGGUGGAACAAAUACUAAAAAAUACCGGCGCCAAGUACAUCGACUCGGCAAAGAAGGAUAUAAUGGGUGCCUUGGGAGAAUUUCGGGAUUUGGCGCCCGAAAUGGAGAAUUUCAUGUUUCCCGAUGGAAAACGACGACAAGCAUUGAAACUAAAAGGAACCAUUCCUGUACAUUAUAAAGGUAGCGUCUAUAACAUCCCGGUGUCAGUGUAUUUGUGGGAGACUCAUCCCUACUACGCGCCUGUUUGUUUUGUGAAUCCAACGAAUAGCAUGGUUAUUCGCGAGAGUGAGAACGUCAAUAAACAAGGACGUGUAUUUCUCCCUUAUCUGAAAGAGUGGCGCUUUCCGGGAUACGAUUUGAAUGGAUUGAUACAAGUGAUGGCCAUGGUAUUCCAAGAGAAGUGUCCUGUUUUUGCAAAGCCAGCUGGUCCUACAUCACAGCCAAGUUCUGCUCCACAAACGCCACAGCCGACCUCUACACCGUAUCCAAAUGCAACAACAAUACCAUAUCCAACGACAGCGUCUGGUGGAAUGCCUCCUUACCCAAUGACGUCAACUUCAACACCAUAUCCACAAGGUGGAAUUCAAUAUCCAGCUUAUCCUGGGUACCCCGGUUAUCCCAAUUAUCAGAAUUACAACAACGCUCCGACUAAUAAUCGAACUCCACCGCCCGUGCCUCCCCCACCUUCUUCAAUCCCGAGCUCAAUAGGAAACGAUCACAUCAAAAAUUCGUUGAUUACCGCUCUACAGGACAAAUUUAGAAACAAGCUACGGGAUCGUCUAGGUACUUCACAAGCUGAGUUGGCCUCGAUUCGUGAAACACAAAGUGAUCUACAAAAGGGUCAAGCGAAACUGAAGGCAAUUGGCGAAGAACUCGAGAAGCAACAAACACAAUUGGAUCAGUUCAUCUUUGCUUACCAUGAAAAGAAGACCGAGUUGGAAAAAGCGCUACAUGAGAUGGGAGCUUCGAAUGAAGGACCUCCCGUCGAUGAAGCUAUUGAAGCUGCCACUCCUUUGCACCGUCAAUUGUUGGAACAUUAUGCUGCGGAUCUUGCUUGUGAUGACGCCGUCUAUUCUCUAGGAAAAGCUUUGCAACAUCAGAAACUCUCUACUUCAGAUUACAUUAAACAGGUUCGCAAUGUUUAUCGGCAAAGACAGCUGGCCUCUCAAUUUAACGAAGUUUGCUCAAAUCGAUUACCAGGACAUACAACCAGCCAACUAGUGGAUCAAUAUUUCUUCUCGGUGCACGAUUUUUCCCAUUUCUUUUGU